AUGUACGCAGCACGCGGUACUAUCGAGAUGAUCUCCGGCUCUGGCGAGCGCAGUUUCGAGGAUCAUGAAUGGCUAUUGGAUGUCACGAGUGAUGUCGACGAGGAAUUGCAUUACUCGUUCUGCAACCACCUAUUCGAGGGUGUAGUCAUAUGCAAAGACUACGUCCUGAUUCCGGCGAAAGAACUGAGCUACAUCCUCGCCUGUGCUUUCCCGGUAGUCGCCGAGAUAUCAUUCUGGGAUGAUGAGCUUAUCGAGAAGAAUGCUCAGCUGAAAAGAUUCCCAAUCACAUAUGUUGCACAAGAAACGCAAGCUCUGGACGAGGGUAUCUGUGACAGCACAGUCAUGGCGUCUUCUAACGAAAACUAUCCACAGGGACCAUACGAGGUCGGCAAGCACAUCGUUCCUCCUCCACGGCCGAGCUCACCAUCAACUGCCGAGUACCGCCUUAAUCAUCUCAUGACCCGUAUCAAAGACCCGGAGAAUAGUUUGAAGUUCUACUGUGACUGCCUGGGCAUGCACGUUGUCUUCAUCUUCAAUGCUGGUCCAUUUACCAUUUACUACCUAGGACCACGAGAUAGUGGUAUGUCCACCCUCGGUACCUCAAAAGGCUUGCUGGAAUUGUAUUACAUUCCUGCCGACGCGGCUACGUCGUAUACUUCUGGCAAUGACUACUCUAAUCCGGCGGGAAUCGGCUUCGGUCACAUUGGAUUCACAGUGCCAGAUGUCCCUGAAGCACUGGAAAGGAUCAAAAGCUUUGGCUACGAGGUCAUCAAGCCGCUGGAUGAGGCGAAAGAAGAGCAGAUGGGUUUACCCGCGGAGGCUGUGGAAGGAAAGCACGGAACAGUACAAGACGGCUACAAGCAUGUCUUCAAACAGCUCGCUUUCGUGAAGGAUCCGGAUGGUUAUUGGGUUGAGAUCGUACCUCAGGUGAUCAAGCCGCCGAGUGAUUAG